AUGUUGGAGGACAGCAAGGAAUUAAGGGAAGAAGGAAGGGCCGAGGAAAGCGACUGGUCGAUCCAGCCGCUAUAUAGUAUCAGUAUUCUGCAGGCUCAAAAAACUGGUACCAUCAAGAGUAAUCUAAAAGGAAUCGCACUCGGAGACUCUUGGAUCUCUCCUAUCGAUUCCGUAAUGACAUGGGCACCAUUUUUGCUCAACACAGGUAUGGUGGACACAAAAGGUUUCAAAGAAAUUGAUGCUGCAGCACAAAAAGUAAAGAACAAUGUCGAGCUUGGCAAUUGGAGAAGUGCAACUCAAGAAUGGUCUAAUACAGAAAUGGUCAUUUUAGAGAAGACUGACAAUAUUGACUUUUACAAUAUUCUUACAAAGCAGCCUCCGUUACGGUUUUUCAAUUAUCAAAAAUUUUUCUUACUUAAAAAUAAACCUGUAAUGUACCUAAAUCUCAGUGCAGAUGAAGCUUUCUCACUCGAAAAUUUGAUGAACGGUCCAGUAAAGAAAGCGCUUGAUAUCAAAUUCGUUCACGGCAGUCAAUCCUCUGACGUUUUUGAAUACUUAGCAGAAGAUUUUAUGAAACCUGUUACUCACAUAGUGGAAGCGUUACUGAAUGAAACCGACUUGAAAGUAUUUGUGUACAAUGGACAAAUGGAUUUGAUUGUCGAUACAUUAGGCACUCUUCACUGGGUCGAAAAACUGAAAUGGAAAGACGCCGACACCUGGAAAAAUUCAGAUAGGAAAUCUCUCGUUGUUAAAUCCAUCAUUGAGGGCUAUUUCAAGGUUCAAGACAACUUCAGGAUGUAUUGGGUCAACAGAGCCGGACAUAUGGUACCGAAGGACAACCCGGUAGCCCAGGAGAAAAUACUACAGGAUUUGACGAGCAAUGCAUAUACAGCUCAUCGCUAUGAAGAAAAGAGAAAUGAAUAAUUGAUCUGAUGUUCUCAUUUUACACUUAAAUGAAUGUAAUUAAUAUAAUUCUAUUCAGUCCUUUCAAUAAAAUUUUUUAAUCAUAUAGUGAUAAUGCCUAUGAGAACUGAACACAGGAUGUACGCGUGUAAUAAAUUUAUUCAAUAUAAUACGUAUUAUG